CGGCUCGCGAGCGCGAGGGAGACCCCUUCCUCCGAGUCCAUAACACGGGGUUGCCAUUCGCGUCGGGGGAAACGAGCCCGCGCCUCCUGCCCCUGCACUCUUACGGUCCUACCUCCAGCCAUCCGCUCCUCCGCCCAGCUCGCGGAGUCUUCCCAGCGCCGAUCUUCAAAACCCUAAGCUCUGGCGCGGUAAGGUUGGAGCCGGACGCGCACGGGCGGGGCGCCCGCCAUGGCGCCCAUCAACAGCGGCAACAUGGAGCAGCACUCGCAGCGGCUCCUCGAGCCCGACCUCCCUGUGCAAGUCCGACUGCAGCUUGCCAUGGAAGUUCGGGACAGCCUGGAGAUGACGCACACUCCAGACUACCUCAACUUUCUUCGCUGCUAUUUCAGAGCCUUCUCAGCAAUUCUCACCGCUUACACCAAGCCACAGGCCACAGAGAAUGCUGAGCACAAGCUACGGAAUGUUGUGAUCGAGAUACUCAACCGCCUUCCACACAGCGAGGUGCUCAGACCAUUUGUGCAGGAUCUGCUCAAGCUUUCUCUCCGUGUGUUGACACAGGACAACGAGGACAAUGCUCUCCUUGCCAUCCGAAUUGUGUUUGACCUCCUCCGUAACUUCCGCCCUACUGUCGAGGCGGAGGUGCAGCCAUUUCUUGACUUUGUGGUUAACAUAUACCAUAAAUUUCCCACAACCGUUAGCUACUUCUUCGAUAAUCCCAACACAAGUGCCAGUAUGGCUGCCUCCAUGCCCAUGCAGCAUUUGGACCCCACUGCCGAUGCCUCAGUCAUGAUGCAAGUGCCUGGUGGUGGUCAACUCAACCCAAGCGCACGUUCCUUCAAGAUAGUCACAGAGAGCCCUCUUGUUGUGAUGUUUCUCUUCCAGUUGUAUGCAAAGCUUGUGCAGACAAAUAUCCCGCACUUGUUGCCACUCAUGGUGGCGGCCAUCUCUAUCAAGGGUCCCGACAAGGUGCCGCCACACCUUAAGACACCCUUCAACGAUUUAAAGGGUGCACAGGUCAAGACCUUGUCAUUUCUGACGUACCUCCUGAAGAGCAAUGCAGAUUACAUAAAGUCAUAUGAGGAAAGCAUAUGCAAGAGCAUUGUGAACUUGCUUGUUACGUGUCCUCCUGAUUCUGUCUCCAUCAGAAAGGAGCUAUUGGUUGGUCUGAAACAAGUUCUCAACACCGAGUACAAGCGAGGGCUGUUCCCCUUGAUUGACACACUUCUUGAUGAAAGGGUUCUGAUUGGCACAGGUCGAGUUUGCAUCGAAACUUUAAGACCUCUUGCUUACACCCUUCUUGCUGAAUUGGUGCAUUAUGUUCGAGAAGAUAUUUCUCUUCCACAGUUGUCACGGAUCAUCUAUUUGUUCUCUCGGAAUAUGCAUGAUUCUUCUUUGACCCUUAUAAUUCAUACAACAUCUGCCCGCUUGAUGCUGAACCUGGUUGAGCCCAUAUAUCAAAAAGGUGUUGACCAGCAAAGCAUGGACGAAGCACGAGUUUUAUUGGGGCGCAUAUUGGAUGCAUUCGUUGGGAAGUUUAGGACCCUGAAGCGAACAAUCCCUCAGUUGCUUGAAGAAGGUGAGGAAGGGAAGGAACAACCGAAUCUGAGAAUGAAGCUUGAAGUCCCAUUACAGACUGUGCUGAAUUUGCAGCAACCUUUGGAGUAUACUAAGGAAAUCAACGAUUACAAAAGUCUGAUAAAGACUCUUGCUGUCGGAAUGAAGACAAUAAUAUGGAGCAUAACCCAUGCUCACUGGCCACGCCCCCAGCAACAAAAUCAACAGUCUUCCAAUUUGUCACUUCAACACUUCAGGGGGCUGAGGGAGGAUGAGGUGCGGAAGACAUCUGGUGUUCUGAAGUCUGGCGUUCACUGUCUGGCUCUUUUUAAGGAAAAAGACGAUGAUAGGGAAAUUCUGCAAUCAUUUUCGCAGAUGCUGGCUAUAAUGGAAGCUCGUGAUAUUAUGGAUAUGUUCUCCUUUUGCAUGUCUGACCUCUUUGAUUCUAUGAUAACCAACAACCAGCUAUUGCACAUAUUUUCAACCCUUUUGCAAGCUCCCAAGGUUCUGCGGCCUUUCACAGAUGUAUUAAUUAAUUUCCUUGUUAGCUCAAAGCUUGAAGCCCUGAAGCAGCCAGAUUCACCUGCUGCAAAGCUUGUUUUGCAACUUUUCCGGUUCUUGUUCAUUGCUGCAGCUAAAGCUCCAGAAAGCUGUGAACGCACACUUCAGCCACACGUGCCGGUUAUAAUGGAAGUCUGCAUGAGGAGUGCCACUGAAGUUGAGAAACCCCUAGGUUACAUGCACCUUCUUCGAAACAUGUUUCGUGCAUUGAACAGUGCUAAAUUUGAUUCAUUGAUGCGUGAUCUUAUACCAUCUCUGCAACCCUGCCUCAAUAUGUUACUCUCCAUGCUUGAUGGUCCGAUAAGUGAAGAUAUGCGGGACUUGAUUUUGGAGCUUUGCCUGAUUUUACCUGCCCGCUUGAGUUCUUUAUUGCCCCACAUACCUCGUCUAAUGAAACCUCUUGUUCUUGCUCUAAAAGGUAGUGAUGACCUUGUGAGCUUAGCUCUACGUACACUUGAGUUCUGGAUUGAUAGUCUGAAUCCUGACUUUUUGGAACCUAGCAUGGCAAAUUUAAUGUCAGAAGUCAUUCUUGCUUUAUGGUCUCAUUUAAGGCCUCCUCCAUACACAUGGGGCACAAAGUCUUUGGAACUUUUAGGGAAGCUGGGGGGACGAAAUAGGCGAUUUUUGCGGGAGCCUCUUGCACUUGAAUCCAAGGAAAAUCCGGAGCAUGGAUUACGUUUAGUUCUGACUUUUGAGCCUGCGACACCUUUUUUGGUUCCUCUGGACAGAUGCAUACACCAAGCUGUUGGUGCAGUUAUGCAAGGCAAUGGCUUGGAAGCAUUCUACAGGAAGAAGGCUCUUCAAUUCAUUCGGGUGUGCCUCGAUUCUUUGUUAAAUCUGAGGGAAAAUGUACCUGGCGAGGGUGUGAGCCCUGGUGUUCUCGGUACAUUGCUAAUCUCUAACCUGGAUCCCUCAAGACGUCGGAAUGAUGCUUCAGAUAUGAAGGGAGAUUUAGGUGUGAAGACAAAAACACAACUACUGGCUGAAAAAUCUGUUUUCAAGACUCUUCUUGUAGCUAUCAUUGCAGCUAAUGCUGACACCAGUCUUCAUGAUGAGAAGGAUGAUUAUGUUGUCGAUAUAUGCCGGCAUUUUGCUAUGCUUUUCCAUGUUGACUCACCAUCCUCCAGCCAAUCUGGAUUUAUGCAUCCUAUUGGUUCUUCACUCCCAUCUAUCAUCAUGGGAUCAAGAUCAAGAUGCAACACUUCAUCUAAUCUCCGGGAGCUGGACCCUUUAAUAUUUUUGGAUGCUUUAGUUGAAGUGCUAUCCAGCGAAAAUCGUCAACAUGCAAAAGCUGCCCUAUCUGCUUUGAAUAUUUUUGCCGAGACAUUAAUCUUUCUUGCACGGAUGAAACACACUGGUAUGCUAAGGGGAGGUCCUAGCACCCCCAUGCUAGUCUCUAGUCCAUCUUUAAAUCCAGUAUAUUCACCUCCCCCAAGUGUGCGGGUUGCUGUAUUUGAGGAAUUGUUACCUCGGUUAUUGCAUUGUUGCUACAGUAGCACAUGGCAAGCUCAGAUGGGUGGUGUAAUGGGUCUCGGGGCAUUGGUCGGUAAAGUGUCUGUGGAUACCCUAUGCAUUUUUCAGGUCAGAGUCGUGCGUGGUCUUCUUUUUGUUCUUAAGAGGUUACCAGUGCAUGCAAACAAAGAGCAGGAGGAGACAAAUCAUGUCCUAACACAAGUACUUAGAGUAGUAAACAACGCAGAUGAAGCAAACAGUGAACCUCGACGGCAAAGUUUUCAGGGAGUUGUUGAAUUCCUUGCACAGGAGUUGUUUAACCCAAACGCUUCAAUGGUUGUGAGAAAGAACGUGCAGGCUUGCUUAUCACUGCUUGCAAGCAGAACUGGCAGUGAGGUUUCUGAAUUGCUUGAGCCUCUCUAUUUGCCAUUGCUUCAGCCUCUGAUUUCACGACCUCUUCGUUCGAAGAAUAUUGAGCAACAGGUGGGCACCGUUACUGCUUUGAACUUCUGUCUUGCACUCAGACCACCCCUUCUAAAACUAUCUCCUGAACUUGUCAAUUUUUUGCAAGAAGCACUACAAAUUGCCGAGGCUGAUGAAACUAUAUGGGUCACUAGGAUGAUGAAUGCGAAAGUAGUUCUCACAUGGAACAAACUCAGAACCGCAUGCAUUGAACUACUCUGUACUGCAAUGGCAUGGGGAGAUCUAAAAGCUCAAAAUCAUACUGAAUUGCGAGCAAAGAUUAUUUCAAUGUUUUUCAAAUCUCUAACAUGCAGAACAACAGAGAUUGUCAAUGUUGCUAAGGAGGGACUUCGUCAGGUGGUUCAACAGCAAAGGAUGCCAAAGGAUCUUCUACAGAGCAGCUUAAGGCCCAUUCUAGUAAACUUAGCAAACACAAAGAGCCUUAGCAUGCCAUUGCUACAAGGAUUGGCUCGCCUGCUUGAAUUACUGUCAAAUUGGUUUAAUGUCACUUUGGGUGCCAAGCUAUUGGAUCACUUGAAAAAAUGGCUGGAGCCAGAAAAGCUUGUCCAGACUCAAAAAUCUUGGAAGGCUGGAGAUGAACCAAAAAUAGCAGCAGCUAUGAUCGAGCUGUUUCACCUUCUUCCCCCGGCAGCAAGCAAAUUCUUGGAUGACCUUGUUACCUUGGUAAUUGAUCUGGAAAGGGCACUUCCUGAAGAUCAGUUUUACAGUGAGAUCAACAGUCCAUACCGUGCUCCACUGGCAAAAUUUUUGAAUCGUUAUGUUCUGGAGGCUGUUGACUAUUUUCUUGCUCGAUUAAGCCAUCCAAAGUAUUUCAGGAGGUUUAUGUACAUAAUCUGCUCGGAUACUGGGGACCUAAGGGAUGCACUUGCAAGGUCACCUCAGAAAAUACUUGCAAGUGCCUUUUCUCAGUUUUACUCUCAAAGUGAAGCAUCUGCUGCUCAAUUAUCUUCUGUAAAGGAUGAAGCCCUUACUGGGGCUGUAUCUGAGAGUAUUACUGUACAAUCUUCAUCAAACAUGGUUACUACUUCUGAGAGUUACUUUAAUGGAUUAGAGCUUGUCUCAGCCCUUGUGAAAUUGAUGCCAGAGUGGCUCCGUAACAACCGGGUUGUCUUUGACACCUUGCUACUUGCUUGGAAAUCACCUGCAAGACUUGCGAGGUUGCAGAACGAGCAGGAUUUGAGUUUACCCCAGGUGAUGGAAAGCAAGAGGCUGAUCAAAUGCUUCCUGAAUUACUUAAGACACGAUCGAACUGAAGUUGGUGCACUCUUUGAUAUGUUAUCAGUAUUCUUGUACCGCAGUCGUAUAGAUUAUAGCUUUCUUAAGGAAUUUUAUGUCAUAGAGGUUGCUGAAGGAUACUCCCCGAAUUUGAAGAAAACUAUCCUUAAUCAUUUUCUGAACAUUUUCCAGUCAAAACAAUAUGGACAAGAUCAUUUAGUUGUUACCAUGCAGAUUCUUAUACUUCCAAUGCUAGCUCAUUCAUUUCAAAAUGGACAAAGUUGGGAAGUUGUUGAUCCUACUAUAAUUAAAACUAUUGUUGAGAAGCUUCUUGAUCCUCCAGAAGAGGUCAGCGCUGAAUACGACGAACCAUUGAGGAUAGAACUUCUUCAGCUAGCUACAUUACUUUUGAAGUAUCUACAGACUGAUCUUGUUCACCAUCGAAAGGAACUCAUAAAGUUUGGUUGGAAUCAUCUCAAGCGUGAAGAUAACUCGAGCAAACAGUGGGCCUUUGUGAAUGUUUGUCAUUUCUUAGAGGCCUAUCAAGCUCCUGAAAAGAUUAUUUUACAGGUCUUCAUUGCUCUGCUACGGACAUGCCAACCAGAAAACAAGCUGUUGGUGAAGCAAGCUCUCGAUAUCCUCAUGCCUGCCCUACCUAGGAGACUUCCUCCUGAAAAAAAUGAUAGCCGCAUGCCGAUAUGGAUCAGAUACACCAAGAAAGUUCUCGUAGAGGAAGGGCAUUCAAUUCCAAAUAUGAUUCACAUAUUCCAGCUUAUUGUUCGCCAUGCGGACCUCUUCUAUAGUUGCAGAGCCCACUUUGUUCCUCAGAUGGUCAACUCUCUUAGUCGCCUUGGAUUACCAUACAACACAACAGCGGAAAAUAGAAGGCUUGCAAUUGAACUUGCUGGGUUGGUAGUGGCAUGGGAAAGACAGAGACAAAGUGAGAUGAAAGUGGCGCAGGAAAGUGAGAGCCAGAAUCAAUUAGGUGACAUGCUUAAUCCUUCUGUUAUUGGUGGUGAUCCAAAACGCUCCUCUGAUGUUCCGUCGUUUGCUGAUGAUUUGAGUAAGAGAGUGAAAGUUGAGCCUGGUUUGCAACCUCUUUGUGUAAUGUCGCCGGGUGGGGCAUCUAUACCUAAUAUUGAAACACCUGGAUCUUCAGGUCUACCUGAUGAGGAGUAUAAACCUAAUGCAGCAAUGGAGGAGAUGAUCAUUACCUUCCUAAUUAGGGUAUCACUUGUGAUUGAGCCUAAGGAUAAGGAAUCUAGCUCAAUGUACAAGCAAGCUCUUGAUCUACUGACUCAAGCUCUGGAAGUCUGGCCAAAUGCCAAUGUUAAAUUCAAUUAUCUGGAGAAAUUACUUGGGAAUCUGUCACCCACUCCUCAGUCCAAGGACCCUGCAUCAGCCCUCGCACAAGGACUUGAUGUUAUGAACAAAGUCUUGGAGAAACAACCCCGUCUCUUCAUCCGAAAUAACAUCAAUCAUAUUUCUCAAAUACUGGAACCUUGCUUUGGCAACAAAAUGCUGGAUGCUGGAAAGUCACUUUGUUCCUUGCUCAAGAUGGUGUUCAGUGCUUUUCCUCUUGAAGCAGCAACAACGCCACAAGAUAUAAAGUUGUUGCAUCAAAGGGUUCAAGAACUCAUUCACAAGAAUCUUGCUGCUGUUACAACUCAGCAGAUAGCACUUGAGCUCAACAAUGCUCACUCAAUCAUUAGCUUUUCAUUGUUUGUCCUCAAUGCACUUGCAGAAGUACAGAAGAAUUUCAUUGACCCGUUCAUUGGCUUGCUUUUCCGUGUUCUGCAACGUCUUGCACGUGACAUGGGGUCUUCUGCUGGCAGCCAUAUCCGACAAGGACAGAGGCCUGAACUGGAUUCAUCAGUUAACUCACGGUCUACCAUAGAUUCUACUGUCAUAUCUAACAUGAAGACUGUCUUAAAACUUAUAAGUGAGAGGGUGAUGUCCUCUUCUGACCACAGAAAAUCUAUGGGCCAAAUACUUCAAGCUCUUCUUUCAGAGAAAGGCACUGAUUCCAGCAUUCUUCUGUGCAUGCUAGACAUGAUAAAAACUUGGAUUGAGGAAGAUUGUAGGCUUGCUUCAUCAACUGGUUCUGUUAGUUCACUUAACCCAAAGGAAAUAAUAACUUAUCUUCAUAAGUUAUCAUUAGUUGACAGAAAAAGCUUUCCUCCAGCUGCACAAGAAGAAUGGGAUGCAAAAUACUUGCAGCUUCUUUAUUCACUGUGUGCAGAUUCAACCAAGUAUCCGUUGUCUUUUCGGCAAGAAUUUUUCCAUAAGAUUGAGAGACAGUAUAUGCUUGGACUUAGAGCUAAAGAUCCAGAAAUGAGGAAGCGAUUCUUCAAGCUUUACCAUGAUACAGUGGGAAAAACAUUAUUUUCUAGAUUGCAAUUUAUAAUACAGUUACAGGACUGGGAAGCUGUGAGUGAUGUUUUCUGGUUGAAGCAAGGUCUUGAUCUCGUUUUGGCAAUAUUAGUAGAAAAUGAACCAAUUACACUUGCAGCAAAUUCUGCUCGAGUACCAACGCUUAUGAUAGCUGGGCCUGUUCCAGAUCGCAUCACCAUGCCACAGCAGGUUCCUGAUGCUCAGGAAAGCAUGGAUGGUACAACACUAUCGUUUGACUCUCUUGCUGCAAGGCAUGCUCAGUUCUUAAAUGACGCGAACAAGCUUGUGGUGGCAGAUAUCAUGGCUCCAUUGAAGGAACUUGCAUUUGCUGAUCCCAAUGUUGCAUAUCAUUUGUGGGUGCUUGUUUUCCCAAUUGUUUGGGUCACCUUACAUAAAGAGGAACAAGUUGCCCUAGCUAAGCCAAUAAUCGCGCUUCUAUCGAAAGAUUACCACAAGAGGCAGCAGGGCUGCAGACCUAACGUUGCUCAGGCACUUCUUGAGGGUCUUCAUUUGAGCCAUCCCCAACCACGCAUGCCUAGUGAGCUUAUCAAAUAUAUUGGAAAAACUUGCAAUGUGUGGUAUAUUGCAAUUGCAUUACUCGAGAGUCAUAUAGUGCAUAUGAAUGAGGCCAAGUGCUCCGAGUCAUUGGCUGAGUUAUACAGACUUCUUAAUGAAGACGACAUGAGGUGUGGAUUAUGGAAGAGAAAAUCAAUCACUGCAGAAACAAGGGCUGGUCUUUCACUUGCCCAGCAUGGUUACUGGCAACAAGCACAAAAUCUAUUUUACCAGGCUAUGAUUAAAGCUACUCAGGGAACAUACAAUAAUACCGUCCCAAAGGCUGAAAUGUGCCUUUGGGAGGAACAGUGGUUGUCCUGUGCGUCUCAUUUAGGUCAGUGGGAAGUCUUAGCUGAUUAUGGAAAAGGGGUGGAGAAUCAUGAAAUUCUUUUAGACUGUCUUUGGAAGGUUCCUGACUGGGCAUAUAUGAAGGAUAAUGUAAUUUCCAAAGCUCAGGUAGAAGAGACACCAAAGUUACGCCUGAUUCAAGCAUUUUUUACUCUCCAUGACAAAGGUACUAAUGGUGUUAGUGAAGCAGAGAACCUCAUCACCAAAGGUGUUGAGCUCGCACUAGAACAGUGGUGGCAGUUGCCUGAAAUGUCUGUACAGCCACGAAUGCCUCUGCUGCAGCAGUUUCAGCAGUUGGUUGAAGUAAAAGAAUCAUCCAAAAUACUGCUUGACAUCGCAAAUGGUAACAAACCAGCUUCAGCAAGCUCUGGUACCAAUUCCAACCAAAAUAACUCAUUUGCUGAUCUCAAGGAUAUUCUUGAAACUUGGAGACUUCGUACACCCAAUGAAUGGGAUCAUAUGACUGUUUGGUAUGAUCUGCUCCAAUGGAGGAAUGAGAUGUACAAUUCAGUAAUAGAUGCAUUCAAGGACUUUGGUCAAACAAAUCCUCAACUUCAUCAUCUUGGCUACCGAGACAAGGCUUGGAAUGUGAAUAAGCUCGCUCACAUAGCUCGCAAGCAAGGUCUUCCUGAAGUUUGUGUAACUAUACUUGAUAAGAUGUAUGGUCAUGCUACUAUGGAAGUUCAGGAAGCAUUUGUGAAGAUAUGUGAACAAGCUAAGGCUUACUUAGAAAUGAAAGGAGAACUAGUCAGUGGUCUUAACUUAAUCAAUAAUACCAAUUUAGAAUUUUUCCCUGUGAAGAACAAAGCAGAAAUAUUUCGUCUGAGAGGUGAUUUUCUGUUAAAAAUGAACGAAUGCGAGACUGCAAAUCAGUCUUAUUCAAAUGCCAUAACUCUUUUUAAGCAUUUGCCCAAAGGAUGGAUUAGCUGGGGAAAUUACUGUGAUAUGGUUUUUAAAGAAACAAAAGAUGAGGUUUGGCUUGAGUAUGCAGUCAGUUGUUUUUUCCAGGGCAUCAAAUAUGGAGUUUCAAACUCAAGGAGCCAUCUAGCUCGAAUUCUCUACCUUCUUAGCUUUGAUGGACAAAAUGAACCUGUUGGAAGAGCUUUGGAUAAAUAUCUUGAGCAGCUGCCUCACUGGGUUUGGCUUUCAUGGAUACCUCAGUUGUUGUUGUCGUUACAGAGAAGUGAAGCCCAACACUGUAAAUUGGUUUUGAUGAAGAUAGCUCAAGUUUACCCGCAGGCAUUGUAUUAUUGGCUUCGUACAUACUUGAUGGAACGCCGUGAUGUUGCUACUAAAACUGAAAUAGGAAGAAACAUGUUGGCUCAGCAGCGCAUGCAGCAAGCUAUGAUGGCAAACAAUGCGGCCAAUAACUUACCUGACGGAAGUGCAAGGGCAUCUAAUCAUGCAGGUAGUAACAUGACUUCUGACAACCAGUCUCAUCAAGCCUCCCAAUCAGUUGGUGCUGCAGGUUCUCAUGAUGGUGGUAAUGUCCAAGGACAAGAUCCGGAACGAUCUACCCCUGAAGGUGGCACAAAUACCAGCCAUGAUCAAGGUCAACAGAGUUCUACAGGUGCUGAGGGCUCACAAGUUCCGCUUAGACGUAAUAGCGGACAUGGGUGGGUAACUUCUGCAGCAAGUGCAUUUGAUGCUGCAAAAGACAUAAUGGAAGCUCUUAGAAGCAAACAUACUAAUCUAGCCAAUGAGCUUGAGCUUUUACUGUCAGAAAUUGGAUCACGGUUUGUUACUCUGCCUGAGGAAAGACUUCUAGCUGUGGUUAAUGCUCUGCUUCAUCGCUGCUACAAAUAUCCAACUGCAACCACUGGCGAGGUUCCACAGUCUCUCAAGAAGGAACUCUCUGGUGUAUGUAGAGCUUGCUUCUCACAAGAUGCUGUUAACAAGCAUGUUGAUUUUGUGAAGGAGUACAAGCAAGAUUUUGAACGUGAUCUUGACCCAGAGAGCGCUACUACUUUUCCUGCAACCCUUGCUGAACUUACGGAGAGAUUGAAACACUGGAAGAACAUUCUUCAGAGUAAUGUAGAGGAUCGGUUCCCAGCAGUAUUAAAACUGGAGGAAGAAAGUAAAACACUUCGGGAUUUUCAUGUUGUUGAUAUUGAACUCCCAGGGCAGUACUUCACAGAUCAGGAAAUCGCACCGGACCACACUGUUAAGUUGGACAGAGUUGGACCUGACAUUCCAAUUGUCCGGAGGCAUGGCAGUAGCUUUCGACGGUUGACACUCAUUGGUUCUGAUGGUUCACAGCGCCAUUUUAUUGUUCAGACAUCACUGACUCCGAAUGCUCGGAGUGAUGAAAGGAUGCUGCAGCUAUUCCGUGUGCUAAAUAAAAUGUUUGACAAACACAAAGAAUCUAGGCGGCGGCAUCUGGCUAUCCAUACUCCAAUAAUUAUUCCUGUUUGGUCUCAGGUUCGGAUGGUUGAGGAUGAUUUAAUGUAUAGCACUUUUCUUGAGGUGUAUGAAAUUAAUUGUGCACGGCAUAAUAGAGAAGCUGACUCGCCUAUUACAAUUUUCAAAGAGCAGCUUAAUCAAGCCGUUUCAGGGCAGCUCUCUCCUGAAGCAAUUGUGGAGCUACGUCUGCAAGCAUACAAUGAGAUUACAAAAAAUAUUGUUAAUGAUAAUAUUUUCUCCCAAUAUAUGCACAAGAUUCUGCCAACUGGCAACUACCUGUGGACCUUCAAGAAACAAUUUGCAAUCCAAGUGGCUCUCUCCUGCUUCAUGUCGUAUAUGCUGCAGAUUGGCGGCAGGGCUCCUAACAAAAUUCUAUUUGCUAAAAAUACUGGGAAGAUCUUCCAGACUGACUUCCAUCCAGCUUAUGAUCCAAAUGGGAUGAUUGAGUUCAACGAGCUUGUUCCAUUUAGGCUGACACGCAACUUGCAAGCUUUCUUCUCGAAUUUUGGUGUUGAAGGUCUCAUUGUGUCUGCCAUGUGCUCUGCUGCCCAGUCAGUGGUUUCUCCUAAACAAAGCCAGCACAUUUGGCAUCAUUUGGCUAUGUUUUUCCGAGAUGAACUGUUAUCUUGGUCGUGGAGGCGGCCUCUGGGCAUUCCAUCAGUCCCUGUCGCUGCUGGAAUGAUCAACCCAUCAGAUUUCCAACAGAAGGUGGUAAACAAUGUGGAGCAUGUCAUCAGUCGUAUCAAGUCAAUAUCGCCACAUUGUCUGGCUGAGGAGGAGGAGAAUGCAACCGAGCCACCUCAGUCGGUACAAAGAGGCGUUACCGAGCUGGUGGAAGCGGCAUUGUCGUCCAGGAACCUGUGCAUGAUGGAUCCGACGUGGCACCCAUGGUUCUGAAGGCAUCCAGCACCUCUGUAGCCUGACCAAACUGACGGCGUGUACAGAUUUUCAUGUCCGGCAACGCUGGUUGAGACUAGAAAACUCGUUGCGUUAUGUAGAUAAAGCCAGGGUGUCAUCAUGUGUUCGCUGGUGUAAUGGAGCAGAUUAGCUUGGUAAUUAAUGAGACAUUGCAUUUCUU